CCCGGCGGGCGCAGGACCCGGCGCAGGUGGGUGCGGGCAGUGGGUGCGCUGAUGCGAACGGCGGGCCCCUGCGCGAGACGCUCUGACGCUGAUGACGGAGCGCGCUGCGUGUCAUGUUGCAGAGCGACAGCCUGAGGGGCGAUGGGGGCGGGUUCGUAUCAAUCGCGAGGAAAUCAUUCAGGAGGACGACCAUAAGCGAGCGGCUGGGUGGCGCGGGUCGUUUGCGAAACCACCGCUGAUGGCUGACCGAGUGUGGGUAUGCGAGUCCGAGGCUGAGACCGCCACUGAAGUACCAGGGAUCUAUUCGUCGGCGUACCAAACACCUCUUCGUGAUACAACAUCAUCGUGCCGAAACUCGGUGGAUUCGCGCCAGAUUCAGAAACAAGCAAGAAUCCCGCCCGACUCGCAAUCAGUCGGCCUCGCACUGCCUUUGCGACAGCAAUCAGUACCGUCGACGUCCUCGCGCAUUGGUGUGACGUUGUCCUCACGCAUCGGUAUGACGAUGUCCUCGCAACUCGCGCGAGGCGGAACACAACGUCGGAUGCUUGUAUCGCAGGUUUAUACAUCUCGGAAUUGUUAAAGCCAUCUCGGAAGAGCGAAGUCCUUCCGUCCGUGUUCCGCCCUCCGUCGCAUACGCCCGUGGUCAGUGUCCUUCUGACCCGUUGAGCCUCGGUCCGCCGUCGAGCUCGGCUUGCAGCAUCGCCUCGGGGCGAAGUGCAGCACUCGGAUCCUCAAUGUGACACUUAGAUC